AGUAAAUGUUGUUUGAUUCACUUUGAGCUGAUAAUUUGGAGGAAAAAGUUGAAUAAAAAUUAAAAAAAAAAACGAUAUGGUAAUUGGAGUGAAUCAGAGUAAGAUAAAAUUAAUCAAGAUUUUAUUUAUUUUUGAUGGGAGGUUCUGCUGCGUGUUGCGCAGUGUCAUGCGCAAAAAUUAAAAUUUUUCUAAAGACGUCAAUUGGAACAGCUGGAGCAUUGAUGUCAGCUGUCAUACUGUCAUUGUUUAUCACACACAUGUUUACUUAUCGAUGACAUGUUAUGAAUUUUUUAUAUGUAACAGUGUGUUAAAACUGUCAUAGAACAAGUGUUUACAACAAUUGUUCAUCUAAAUUGUACAUAUAUCAUUGUAAAAUUAAAUUAAAUGAAAACAAUUAAAUGCCAAUAAAAUGGAUCCAACAAUUGAUUCUUGCACAUCGAAAAAUCAUGCUCCUGAAACAAUCAGCAUGGAUUCAUCAGAACAAAUGAUACCACCUAAUAAACUACUAGAUAAAACAAACAAGAUUGAUAUUGAUAAAACAAAAUUAACAACAAAUUCAUCAACAAGUUUGACAGCACAAAAUUCAGCAUUGUUGCCUGGUCAAGUGGCUCGUGUUAAUUUACAACAAAAACCAGCUAAUUCUUUGGCAAAUUCAAGUAGUUCUGCAACUGGAAAUCCAAGAAACAAAACAGCCCUUGCACCUGGUCAUAGCUUGAUGGACUGGAUCCGACUUGGUUCUUCUGGUGUUGAUCUAACUGGUUUCAAAGGAGUUCCACAAUCCAUUACAUUAAAAGAACUUGCAAAGCAUAAUCAAAGAAAUGAUGCAUGGAUUGCCAUUCGAGGUGUUGUGUAUAAUAUAACGAGGUACAUGGACUUUCAUCCUGGUGGUGUGCCUGAAUUAAUGAAAGGUGUUGGUACAGAUGCAACAAAAAUGUUUGAUGACGUCCACGCAUGGGUCAACUAUCAAAGCAUUCUUCAAAAAUGUGUUAUUGGCCAAUUAUGUAGAUCAAAAAUCAAUGAAAUUAUACCAAAUUUAAAUUGUAAAAAUAGUAUACUAUCUAAAAUUUUACCAACUGCACGUGGCUCAACAGUGGAAAAAAUACCAAAGCCAUUAUCAUCAGUCCUUGAAAUAAAAACCGACUGGAAACAAACAACAAAUAGUAUAUCAUUCUGGUACAAACCAACACCAGAACAAUAUUCUCUAACUUUCCGAUUGAUUUGUCAUAGCAUGACGGAAUUUGUGAUAAAUAUACAUCUACCAAAUGGAUCAAUUAGACAUGAAUAUGAAAUGAUAAAUAAAAUACAAUGGCCUCCACAAUAUCGUAAAUCAUUUGAUACAAUGCAGCUUGAAUUUUGCUUUAAAAAAGAAGAUAAAAAAUUAUGGAAUUCAUAUGGUAGUCGUAUUGUUGGUACAGAAAAAAAAGAAAUUGGAAGAAUAUAUCGUGACUGGAAAGUUGUUAGUAAUAAAACACUUUGUGAGUCAGUUAAUUUUUUAGUUCUCAAGGCUGACCAGUACAUGGAAAUAAUACCAGUUGGUAGACAUGUUGAAGUUAAAAUAAAUGUAUCAGGAACUGAAGUAUCAAGAUCUUACACACCAGUACCAGCAUCAUUUGAAUCAAAUGAUGAAUCACAACAGCCAAGCUCUGAUUGUAUAUGUUUAAUUGUUAAAUCUUAUCCUGAUGGUGCACUGAGUCCAUCAUUAACAAGCCUCCAACCAGGAAAUUACGUGACUUUGAGUAAUUGUUUGGGUACAUUUGUCAUUGAGUCUUUUGAUGAAUAUAAAAUUGUAAAUAUGCUCGCUGCAGGAACUGGGCUAACACCGAUGCUUGGCAUUAUUCAUAGAGCAUUAGCUCGUCGUAAUGUCUCUUCAAUUAAUCUGCUCAAUUUUAAUCGAGAAAAAAAAGACAUUUUCUAUGAAGAACAACUCAAUAAUAUAUGUCUUGAUACACGGGUCAAAGUUAUUCAUGUACUGUCUCAACCUAAAGAACCUUGGGAAGGUAAAAGAGGAUUGGUUACUGAGAAUUUGAUUAAAGAAAUCAUUGGCGUUGGAUCCAAGCAAGCUUGUGUCUUUACAUGUGGUCCUGUUGGUUUUUUAUCCGUCACAAAAGGAUUUCUCAAAAACUUGGGAUGGAAUUCUUCACAAAUGCACGAAUUUAAUGGAUAAAUUCUUCACCGUACAAAAAUUUAUCAGUGUUUGAAUUUUUCUAGAUAAAAAUAUUGUCAAAUG